AAAGAAAAACGAGUCAGCAAUUGGGGUCCAUUAUUUUUUCUACACGAACCGCGAAAUUCUCGAAUGGCGCCACGUGUGAGUUCUAUGACACUGUGCGUAGAGCCGUAGAGCGGAGCUGCGGCCAUCGCUUUCUGGAGAACGGGUUGUUGCAAAUAUGGCUUCGACGAAAGUUGAUUGGGGUACGUUCGCUGAAGAACCAGACAAAUUAGCGGAGCAGGUCACGAAUUUGGAACUAGCAAAAUCAAAGGAUGUAGCACCAGUAACUCCGACUUCACCAGCCCCAAUUCUACCAAAUAGUGACAAUGAUUCCAAAGGUGAUGACAAGUCUGACGAUCAUAUUUCACCUGCUGAAAAGUCAUUGUUGCAAAAAAUUAUACGCAAAGGGUUGGUCGAAACAACUAAAGAUUUGGAAAUUCAACGCAAAGAUCCUGCAUCUCCGCUGUACAGCGUCAAAUCCUUCGAAGCUCUUCACUUAAAACCUGCUCUUCUUAAGGGUGUCUAUGCAAUGGGUUUUAAUGCACCUUCUAAGAUUCAAGAAACGGCGCUUCCCACAUUACUUGCAGACCCACCACAAAACAUGAUAGCUCAAUCGCAAUCCGGAACUGGUAAAACAGCAGCGUUUGUACUUGCGAUGUUGAGUCGAGUUGACACGUCUAAAAAUUAUCCUCAAGUUUUGUGUCUAUCACCGACCUAUGAACUGGCAAUACAAACGGGCGAAGUUGCUGCUAAAAUGUCUCAAUAUUGUACCGAAAUAAAAAUCAAGUUCGCUGUACGAGGCGAAGAAAUUCCUCGAGGAACUCAAAUAACCGAUCACAUUAUUAUCGGGACACCAGGAAAAGUUCUCGAUUGGACAACAAAAUUUAAGUUUUUUGAUUUGAAAAAGAUCUCGGUUUUCGUUCUUGAUGAAGCGGACGUCAUGAUCGCGACUCAGGGUCACCAUGAUCAGUGCAUUCGAAUUCACAAAUCGCUCCCACGUGAUGCUCAAAUGAUGUUUUUCUCGGCUACAUACGAUGCGGCCGUGAUGGAAUUUGCGGAAGUGAUUGUUAGCAAUCCUUUGAUUAUAAGACUUUUGAAGGAACAAGAAAGUUUGGACAAUAUCAAGCAGUACUACGUGAAAUGUCAAAAUAUGGAUGAAAAGUACACCGCUAUCACGAACAUAUAUGGUGUUAUAACGAUCGGUCAAGCUAUUAUUUUCUGCCACACGAGGAAGACGGCCAAUUGGCUUGCCGGGAAAAUGAGCUCUGAUGGUCACGCAGUUGCGGUCCUUUCAGGAGACUUGACUGUUGAACAACGUAUCGCAGUUUUAGAUCGUUUCAGAGCUGGUCUUGAAAGAGUUCUCAUCACUACGAACGUUUUGGCGAGAGGAAUCGACGUCGCUCAAGUAACUAUAGUCGUGAAUUUUGAUCUCCCGAUGGAUCUAAAUCGCGAAGCGGAUUGUGAGACGUACCUGCACAGAAUAGGCAGGACAGGACGCUUCGGUAAAUCCGGAAUAGCCAUAAAUUUGGUGGAUUCGCCACACUCGAUGAAACUGUGUGAAGAUAUAAGCAAGCAUUUUGGCAAAAAAAUACACUAUCUUGACGCCGAUGACGCAGAUGAGAUUGAAAAAAUUGGUGCAUAGUUUGAUUCGUGUUUUCUUAACAUACGAACAAAAGAGUUCAUCGAUUGUUCUUGCGAGUGCAUUUCGAUAAGAACAAAAUCUGAAAUUAGGCGAAACGUAAAACUCGAUUUCAAAACUCGUUCCAUAUUUAUCUUUGAUACGGUCAGUCAGCGACACCAUUGUAUAUUUUUUUCUUUCCCUCAGUGUCGCUCUAUCGUUAUCCGGACGAAGUUAAUAAAAAGAUGAAACAUCGUCACGAUAAAACUGGAUUUAGCGUUUAAGAAUAAAAAGGCUAUUUUUAUAUGUUCGAUGGAACGAGAUAUUUAUAUGACGUAUGAUUGAGUUGAUUGAAGUAACUUUGAAUAUUCGAAUAAUCGUCUAAACGAUGCUGUACAAGUUUUCAAACCGUACGAAAAAUGUUAAGGAUCCAUCUUUAUCGCACAGCUUGUUUCGUAUGUAUAACUAAUAAUAAACAAAUUGAAUACAGACAUUUUUUACAGUA